AUUGUCUUUUGAUUCUUUCGACUUUCGACUGCGAAUGUAGUAUCACACACAAGAUGGCGGCUCUCACGCCUGCCACGAAAGAUCUGCUAUUCAUAGUCGGACUUGGACUCACAGCAUCUGCGCUCGUAGCAACUGUACGACGGAUGUUACUAUUUUCUCGAGAUGCGUCCAUCAUUCCGCCUUCUGAGAACAAGCCUUCAUAUAUCACUCAAGAUGUCGAGGACUCCUUGAAACUGGGUACUUUAGACAAGCUUCUCGACAGUCCCAACUUUUGUAUUCAGGAAACGACCGCUAUCAUAAUCUGCGAACGCGCACUUCACGAUGGAACUACGAUCGACGCGUUACUGUGGCAUAUUGCGCAACCUAAUCAUGACUUGAGAGAGAAGGGUAUUCGGGCUUUAUCCAUGAUGCUAAACAGCUCGACUGUCAAGAUUAUCAAUAAGCCUUCAACAUACGCAGCUCUCGUUAAGUCACUCGAGUAUUCAGUCACAGAUUACGAACAUAAUGGUUAUGAUUUAGAUUGGGAUAAUUGGCAUUUACGGGACAUUGCAGAACAAGGCUGCUUGAUGAUUCUGGGACAAUUGGUAGACAAAUAUGGCAUUGAAGGCGUAGUCAAGGCACGAUUUGUGGAGAGAUGGCUGGCAAAGGAGCCAUGGGGUGAUACCGAUGAGGAGAGAUUCUUCUUCUUUGCAGAGUCUCUGCGGAAAAACUACCGCUUGAAUGAGAUAACCGUUCCUCUUUUUAGAGAUCGGAUUGGGCGGAGACAGCUGAUUAAAGCGAAGCUCAUACCGCAUCAGUUCGAGAUGGGUACACGCCAGAGGGAUACGAGAAUGAUCAAUGGAGAAAGCACAGCAGGGGAGGAUUUUGAUGGCAUGUUUGUCGAAAGUCGGCGAAGGAGAGACCAGAGUGCAGAGGAUGACCGUAUUCGGCGACGAAAUCGAGAAGCCAUGGUUCUGAAUGACGGAACAAGACCGCUUGGAAGAGACGACAUCAUUCAGCGAGACAGCACAUUUUCACGAUGAAUGAUAUCAACCAUGACUUUGCAAAAAGUUUCAGUGUUCAAGGUUCUCCCUUGCAUUUCCAGUGCUUGCGUCUAAGCGGUACAUUGGUGCAAG